GAAGAAGACUUAUAAAGGGAGCACAUUGACCAGGUAAGGCAUUUCUUCUAGCACAGGUGAACUAACGUAUAGCAAGGGGCAAAAUGAUGUCCUUCAACUUAAUGACACUAUGUACAGGCGUUCUGCUUAUUCUGAGUGCAAGUCUAUGGAGUUGUGCAACAGCUCAAAGUGAUGUAGCAUCGGAUUGCUGUUUAACCACCAGUGACCGGCACAUUCCUCAGCGUGUGGUGACAUCUUUCACCAUUCAGACCAACAAUGGAGCGUGUAGAAUUCCUGCCACUGUGUUUCUCACAAAGAAGGGUUUGAAACUCUGUGCACCCUUUCCAAGCGAGAAUUCUUGGGUCAGUAAACUGAUUGACAGCAUACUUGCAGGACCAGUACGAAAACCCUCAAAACAUAGAGGAAAGAAACAGAGAAAACAGUAACAAUCACAGAUGAUGCAGGUCCAGCAAGGUCUAACACUACAAGCAUUCACUAUGGGAAUGAUUCUGCAACAGAUGCUGAUAGUAGGCAACGUUAAUAGAAAAUGCUGAUUCUCAGGAUAACUACAUGUGUACUUAGGUGUAGCAGGUCAACGAGUGUGAAUCUACAGUCAUUGGUAUAAGCUUUUAAAAAAAUGAACUAUUUGUGAGAUGUGAACCCCAUCCCAGGUGGUCAAUAUGAAGAGAUUUAAAGAUAAUAUUUCCAUCAGUAGUAAAGGUUGUAUUUUUCUAUGCAUUGUAUAAAGCUAACUGUAUAUUUUCUGAGCCUCUGAAUGACAAGAUGCUAUUUUUCUAAAAUGUUCACAAUUGUAUUUUGAGAUAUUAAAAAGAUUUUAAAUGUUUAAAAUGUUUAAAAUGAAAAUUGUGUGCAUCAUUUGUAUCAAAAGAUAUAUUGAAAUUAAAGUGGUGUAAAAGGUCAAGUAAAAAAUUAACAAAUUAUUCCUUACAACCUGAAUACAUGUACUCACAUUUAAAAAAAAUGUCAAUAUUUAAUUUGACAUUUAAAACAUUAAACUACCUGUACCAUGUUAUUCCAGUCAUUGUUUGUAUAAGUUUCAUUUCUAAUAAAAUGUAUUCUAUAAUGAGUUUUUGAACAAACCAAAAAAAACAUGUCAUACAUUGAUCCAUAUACUGUAAAUAAGAUUUUUAAAACCUGUCAUAAAAUGGACUCGACUGACAACCUCUAAAAUGAAUUAUGGACAUCAAAUAUUGCUGAGCUCAAAGCCAACAAGAAAUUAAAUAAAACAAAACAUUGUCUAGAUCAA